UUGUCACAGGAACUUGGCCGUUGGAAGUGUGCGAGUACUGCGAGUUGUAGUUUGAAGUGAUCUUCGUUUCGUUGUGUCAGGCUGUUAAGUUUAAAAAGCCGGAAUCGUCGCUGAGAACUCGUCGCUUCUGUGGCAGAAGAAGUUGAGAAUCCGGUUCGAUAAUGGCAGACGUCGCAAGUCACGUUCGAUUAACUCGUCGCACUGCUCAGGCCAUCAAUGGGAAGAAUGUAGAGAAUGCUUUGCCCAAGAAUGUGGUGCGAAAAGCGGCGCCACUUCAACAAGUGAGAAGCACCCUUGGCACGAUCGGCAACAGACAGACCGCUCAAUUGGUCACUGUUGGCAAGCAGGACAAUGCCACGAAAGAAAAGUCCGUUUUGGCCAAGCCCAAGCUGAACCUGCCAACUGGCAGACCGACCGGCAAGCCGGCGGAGCAGAAGACCAAUGUGCGGGGCAAGCAAGUUCCGCUGACUGCUGGCACAACCAAGCCUGGCGUCAUUCGCCGCAUCACCAACAUCGUUUCAGCCCCCAAUGCUCAGCAAGCAAAGCCCAAGGCCGCUCCGAAGCCCCAGGCAGUGAAACCGGCAGUCAGGCCCAAACCAGCAGCACCCGUUACGGUCAAACUCAAAGAUCAAUCAGACAAGGUGGUGGCACUGAGCAGUAAGCCGGACCUGACCAGCUUCUCGCAGGAGGAGAUUGCCAAUCUCGAAAAUCAGAACAAGGCUGACUUCAAUGACGCCCAGAAUGUAGCCCACUAUGUCAAGGACAUUUACUUGUACAUGAGGCAACUUGAGGCUGUGUACUGCAUCCCAGAGGCGUACAUCAAGCAGUGCAAAUUCAUGAAAAAUCUAAUGCGAGCGACAGUUAUUGACUGGCUCAUUGGCGUCCACCGCCAGUUCAAGCUGAUGUCCGAGACACUGUACCUUACAGUGUCAAUCUUUGACAGAUACAUGGCGACCGCCCUUGGGACUCCCAAGUCACAGCUACAGCUGGUCGGCGUGACGAGCCUGCUGGUUGCGUCCAAAUUCGAGGAGAUCAUGUGUCCGACCGUCGGCGACUGCGUUUACGUCACCGACAACACGUACACCAAGAAGCAGGUCGUGGAGAUGGAGUCCAAGAUCUUAGCCUCGUUGGCGUUCAACAUCGGCAGGCCGUUGCCGCUGCAGUUCCUGCGGCGCUUCACCAUGGUGGCCGAUGCGACGUUCGAGGACCACUGCACGGCCAAGUACUUCAUGGAACUGCAGCUGGUGCGCCACGAGAUGUGCCACGUGCGACCCUCGCUGCAGGCCGCCGCCGCCAUGUGCCUGUCGUUGUUUGUCAACCUGGACCAAGAUGUGUAUGACGAGUACAAGCAGGUUGACAAGAGCCCCAGCGACACCCUCAAGCGUCUCUGGAGCCCCGCGCUCCACUACUUCUCUGCUUAUUCCUUUGUCGAGGUUGAGGAGGCCGUCAAGCAACUCGCGCUCGUUGUCCUCAAGGGACACUCGUCCAACUUGCAGAACGUGCGAAAGAAGUAUUCGUCUAAGAACCUGUCUGAGAUAAGCAACUUUGUUGAAGGACGUCUGGACAGAAUCGAAUCCAUCAGGGAGUGAUUUAUGCACGUUGUGCUACGUGUUGACUAACAAACAGUUGACCAGAGCCAGAAUUUUGUAUGUAAAGUUUCAAUAUUUGACCAUGUCCAUUUUUAAUCUACCCCAGUUGUAUAACUUUGUAUGUCGUUGAAAGCAGUGAAGCAGCGUCCUGGAUCGAAUUGUUGAAAGUUGUUUCCUGCUAACGCGCAAAAUGUAACCCGAUUUUUAUAAAAACAUAGUAUUUGUAACUUUUCAAUGAAAAUACGUGUAUUUUAGUCAUCGCAUCGCUUUGUUUUGUUAUCCCACAUUGAAAUUUUGUAUUAAUACGACAAAUUUGUAAGUACCUGGUCAGCUUCAUCAGACAAAAAUUCGCAUACUUAAUUAAAUGUGCUACUGACCAGUUGUAUAAACCCUUAGUUAUUGAAGCCGCCAACAGAUGGCGCAACCACAGACUUAAAAUUUUGUUUUAAGUGGUUUUAAGGCAUUUCCGCUGCGAUUUCAGACUCAAUCUAGCUAUUUUGCUUUUUAUAAUUUAUUUGCUUUUUUUUACGUGCUGAAAACCAAAAUCGGUUCAGCCAUUCGCCGUGGAAACGUUGGAAAAGAUUUUUAUUUCAAAAAAUAGUUUUUCACGAUUAUACGGUGAUUGGCUGAACCAAUUUGGUUUUCCGCACGUCAAAAAAUAGCAAAUUAAUUGAAGAAUGCACAGUAGCUAGAUUGAGUCUGAAAUCGCAGCGGAAGUGCCUUAAAAUCGAAAGUCUACGGUGGCGCCAUCUGUUGGUGGCUUCGAACACUUAGGGUUUAUGCAACUGGUGAAUUGCUGGUAAAAAGUGAAACGAUCGAAAUGAACAAUGACUUGGAAAUCUGGUAUCUUAUUCUCAAUGUUGUAUAUGUAAGAUAAUAUGCAAAGAGAAACUGAUAAGAGUUACUGAUAAUAGAGCGGUCGGGGCUAGGCCCGGCAAAAAGCAACCUCUAAUAUGCAAAGAGAAACAAGUCAAAGUAGGUGCUCAAUAUUUAAAUUUAUUUAAAUUUAAAAAGAAAUCUAGUUGUUAUUUGAUCAUUCAAGGAAAAUUUAUGCAUUCUUAUUUUUCAAACAUUUAUUUGUUACUCAACAAACCGUGACAACUCUUGUGUCUGUCUCUUUUUUCGCAAGGGCAACAAAUCUAUAGAAUUUAUCUUAUCAAAAACGUUAAUCUCAUUUAUUAUGUCAAUUUGUAAAAGCCCAAUUUAAUGGAGCUGCACCCGCGAAAGGUUUGAUCUGAUUAAGUCGUAUUGAUUCCACGCGACAGUGAAGCGAACAAAAUCUUUUGUAUGCUACUUUACUUACAGCCUCCUUGAAGGAGCCAUGAAAAAAUUCCGUCAUCCGCGAAUAAAUUAAUUGCCCCGCGCAAGUCUUGACAAAGUUUUAAUCGAACUUGUUUGCGAAGGCGUCUAAUGUAAUAAAAAGCGGGCCGAGACGAGCGGCUAAUGAAUUUAGCCCACGCUCUUGGGCUGUUGCUCGCUGGCGUGAUUUAGAAUUAAUAUUUUGAUAAUGUUAAUAUUAUCCAAGCCAUCGUUGUCGCCCUGCGCGAAGGAAGAUUUUAUUAUGGAAAGUGUUGCCAAAAACGGACUUUUGUUGGCCUCGUGCCGCCGCCGCCAAAGCAAAAAAAAAUCACUGUUUGCUUUUUCUGCUACAGCAGCAGCUGAAACGAUGCAAAAGUCGCGCUUUCUCUUCUCUGGAAACAUGCAGAUGGCAUUUGCACACACAGCGAUUAAAUAGCGGGCACAAAUGGUCCGCGAAUAUUGAUGGCAUUGAGUACGCUGAGUCGGAAAAUAAUGAAUGACUGUUGUCGUCUGGAACGGACAGAUAAAAUUAGCAAAGCCCGAGGGCAUUUUCAAACUCUGUGUUCGCAACAAAAACAAAUAAUCUGAGCGCGCGCGCAAUUUUAGACCAAACAUCGCGCCAGAGAGGUUAAAUUCUGUUCUUCCUGCAGAGGUCAAUUUUGAGUACACACAGUUAGUAAAAAUGCAAUGAAAUUCUUCCCACUCUAUGCUCGGAUGCCCGUGUAAUAAUGUAAAACCCCUACGGACCGCUGCGUUCGGUAAAUUUGCUUAAGGCCAUUACCACUGGGAUGGAAAAAAAUACGCGCAAGAUUCGUUGGAUUGCGAAACUAGCCGCAAACGAGACAUUCCUGAGAUGCGCCUGGGGCCACUAUAUUUACUUUUUACACAGCCUUGGUCGUGAAUUUUAAUUAACAAAAAGUUUCGUCUAACUACACUGUGGUUUCUCCGUGGACCGUCGGAUCCUUUAAGUUGGGCGGAAAGCUACCUGAGAGCGAUUGCUUUUCGCAGCGGACUCGCAUUCAAUCCGCCAAUUCCGCAAGUUUUCACUUGGCUUGACCUAUAAUUCAAGACGCUGGGAUGAGAGUCUAGUAUGCGCUGAGGAGGAAUUUCGGCAUGGCAGGCGUGGAUUCGCAAAUCCUUGUAGAGCCCUUUGUCAAGAAAAAAAGUUGUGAAGGCGUAGGGAACGCCACUCCUCACAGCGCUGGGUGUUUUUGUGGCACACGUGAGAAUCAAGUCUUUUGUUUGAAUGCUUUAUUCACUCGAUUAUGGCAAUUUCAGCUGGGUGGAAAUUUGAAUAUUAUUCCAGCUAUUAUUUCCCUCCAUGAAUUAUUGAAAAGGAGAGCGAUAUAUUACUUCAUUUCGGUUUUUCUUUCAUUCUGCUGAUUCGAAUUUAUAUCAAAAUGAGAAAAUUGCGAGAGAUUCUUUACUUUGUGCAAUCGUGUGAUUUGCUCUUUUAAAUUAUGGCUUGUGGAUUCAAUGUAAUCAUAUAUACGCAGCCAAAGGGACUCUCUUACACAGAUGUUACAAAUUUAAAUAUUUGCAAGAUAAGCGGAAAAUUUUCGGUGGAAGAAACGCGGAAAAAUGAAAUUACACGCCACGCACAAAAGGCGCGGCGGCAAAGAAGACGUCUGGUGCUCGAGUAGGAAGGAAAUCAUACGGACAGACUACUAAUCUUUUCCGCGCGCCUUGAAAAAACGCCGACUGGCGAGCCGCGCACCGAGCCGAAUGGAAAUCCCUUUAAACCCGCACAAUCCGCGAGCGAGAAGGCGUAAAUUUGGUUGACGACUACGGCGACAGGACGGCAAUAUGUCGUGCGCGCGAGGACCGGCGGAUCAAAGGCGCAAAUCGAAUUACUCGGGCGAAUCGAAUCAAAGCGCUCAGCAGUCGAGCGAACGAGCAUAUUUCAUUUUUGUAACGCCACUGAAUUAGAAUUCGAGCACGCUGGCGGGCAGGCUUAAUUACCACCACCGCCAUCGGUGCAGUUUGGCUGUUAUGGGGCGAGAGGGAUGCUGCUUCUGCUCUCCCGUGCAGGCUCCAUUACGAGGUCAAAUCAAUUGGUCGGAGGCGCAGAAACCGAGUCGCAACUCAAUUGUCCUGCUGAUGAAGUCGCUGCCACUUGCCUGAUAAAACUCCCGCUGCGGUGGCGGAAAGCUCAAUUGCUUGGCUGGCCUCUCGUAGGCAGAUACGUAGGUUGCCCUGCUUCUCGCUUGCCCAGGAAUGCGCGCGGAGCUGGCUGUCCGCAAAAAAACCUCUCCGAUGCUGACAAAUGACGGGGAAAUUGCAAUCUCGACUCGGGCUGUAAUUACCAACGUUGCGUUUCUUGCUCUUUUUCUCAACUCGCUUUAUUCCCUUGCUUCAUUUUCCUGCACGGCUCGUGAAUGACGGUCGGUUGGCUCUUUAAAAAUAUGUCGCUCUUGCAUGGUGAUUACGUUUCGGUUCACUUUCUACGCAAAUAAACGACUUCAAACCCAGCGGCUUGACAGCUUGGUGCAUUGAAAUAGAUUUAGGAUGGUAUGCAUAGUACUGCUUGUGCUAAAAAACUUGCAAAUCCGGCUCCUGAAAACUCUGCAAAGAACAGGAAUGCCAUCACACUUUUUAACACACAUCAUUUCUCGUCGAAAUGAACGCUUUUAAAAGCUAAAUUGAGAUCCAGGCUGUUAUCUACACUUGCGGUUAUUUUCAGCCUUGCCUCGGACGAGUCCGUCUCUUUGCUGAUGCCAGAAUUGGUUUUUGAACGAAUGUAGCAGCAAGAAAAUGUGCAAAUCAAAACAUAGUGACCUUUUCCAG